AGUUUAGAGCUUCGAUUAAAAUAAGGAAUUGUUCUACCAGAGGAAGUUGUGUUUCUCGGGAUGUGGAAUGUUUCAUUUGAUCGGGCGACUUGGCCUUUCCCGCACUGCUUCGCAUGAUGGCGACUAUCGGGAGGCGACGGUCGAGUGAGGCCGAGGAAUUGGAGGUUGGAAGUGCGGGUGACUCGGAGGAGGAAAUGGAAGACUCUUCAGAAGAUGAGCAGGAAAACGAGGCGGAAAUUCAGCGGUUGGAAGAGCAGCUUUCCAUCAGUGCCUAUGAUUACAACUGUCAUGUGGAUCUAAUUAAAUUGUUGCGUCAAGAGGGGGAGCUGGAGAAAUUACGAGCUGCUCGACAGAAGAUGAGUGAACUAUUCCCCCUUACAGAAGAGCUUUGGCUGGACUGGCUGAAGGAUGAGAUUCUAAUGGCAGAGGGAGCAGCCGACAGGGAGAAUGUUUAUGAACUCUUUGAGAAGGCCAUCAAAGAUUAUAUUUGUCCUGAGAUAUGGCUGGAAUAUGCCCAGUACUCCAUUGGUGGGAUUGGUCAGCAGGGUGGUAUUGAGCGAGCUCGUGCAAUAUUUGAUCGAGCUUUAACUGCUGCUGGAUUACAUAUGACAAAAGGAGUAGCGAUCUGGGAAGCAUUUAGAGAAUUUGAAAAUGCUAUUUUAGGAACCUUACAGGCCUCACCCGGUAGCAUUUUGACUCCAGAACAGCAGGAGCUGGUGAAUGCACAGCUUGAGCGGAUACACACACUCUUCAAGAGGCAGCUGGGCGUCCCUUUGCUUGAUAUGGAGACCACGUAUGCUGAAUAUGAGGAAUGGGCUGAUGAGCUACCCAGUGAAUCUGUGACACAAAUGUACAAGAAGGCCCUGCAGCAGAUGGAAAAACGCAAGCCCUUUGAAGAAAGUCUGUUGGUAGCAGAUCCUCCCAAACUAGCAGAAUAUCAAGCUUACAUUGACUUUGAGAUGAAGGAAGGCGAUCCAGCACGAAUUCAGAUAAUCUUUGAACGGGCACUGUCUGAGAACUGUUUAGUGCCAGACUUGUGGGCACGUUUCACCCUGUAUCUGGACAGACAGCUGAAGAUUAAAGAUCUAGUUUUGUCUGCACAUGAACGUGCUGUUCGAAAUUGCCCUUGGAUAGUUGGGUUGUGGAAACGAUAUCUUCUAGCAUUGGAACGACACAGAGCUGAACACAAAGUUAUAACAGAAACCUUUGAAAAAGCGUUGAAUGCUGGGUUUAUCCAAGCUACAGACUAUGUGGAGCUUUGGCAAGCAUAUCUCGACUACCUGAGACGGAGAGUCAAUUUCAGCCAAGAUUCCAGUAAAGAGCUGGAGGAGCUCAGAUCAGCUUUCAGUCGUGGUCUUGACUACUUGAAACAGGAUAUAGAGCAACGAUUCGGUGAGAGUGGGGACCCCUCAUGUACAAUUUUACAGAAUUGGGCAAGGAUUGAGGCAAGGCUGUGUAAAAAUAUGCAGAAAGCCAGAGAAAUCUGGGACAGAAUCAUGACCAAAGGAAAUGCAACAUAUGCCAACAUGUGGUUGGAAUAUUACAAUUUAGAGCGAGCUCAUGGCGACAGUCAACACUGCAGAAAGGCCUUGCAUCGAGCAGUACAAUGUACCACUGACUAUCCUGAGCAUGUCUGUGAUGUGCUGCUUGCCUUCGAAAGGGUGGAGGGUUCUUUGGAAGAUUGGGACCUAGCUGUAGAGAAGACUGAGACCCGACUUAACCGAGUUAAUGAGCAGAGAGCCAAAGCGGCAGAGAAGGAAGCCCUGCUCACAAAACAGGAAGAAGAGAAAAAUAUGCAGCGGAAGAAGGGCCGAUCUGAAAAGAAAGCUGCGAGAAAGGCCCAGAAACAGGCCUUACCUGGAGACAAACGCAAAGCAGAUGAGGAGGAAUGGGGCAGCCAAACAGAUCAACCAAAUAAAAGAUCUCGAGCUCUGGAGCUGGAAGAAACUGAAGAAGAAGAUCUGUCUACAGAAUGUGGUCUGUUUGGUCGUAAAAGUAGCACAAAGAUCCUAGAGACUCCAGCAUUGCAGAAACAAAAGGCUGCAGCUGCCACAAGGAACAAAGUUCUUCAUGACGACAGCAAGGAUAACCUGACUGUGUUUGUCAGUAAUCUGUCAUAUUCAAUGCCCAACCCUGAGGAGAGGCUGAAGGAAAUGUUUCAGAGUUUUGGUGAAAUUGCAGAUGUCCGCCCAGUUUACAAUAAUAGGGGACUUUUUCGAGGCUAUUGUUAUGUGGAGUUUAAGGAAGAGAAAGCAGCCACCAGUGCCUUGCGGCUGGACCGCCAGGAGUUAGAAGGCCGGCCAAUGUUUGUUUCACCCUGUGUUGAUAAAACAAAGAAUCCAGAUUUUAAGGUAUUUAGGUACAGCACUAGCUUGGAGAAACACAAGGUUUUUAUUUCUGGUUUACCUUUCUCCUGCACUAAAGAGGAACUGGAAGAAAUCUGCAAAGAGCAUGGAAGUCUAAAGGACAUUCGUCUUGUCACUAACCGCUCUGGAAAACCAAAGGGUUUAGCAUAUGCUGAAUAUGAAAAUGAAGCCCAAGCCUCCCAGGCUGUUCUUAAGAUGGAUGGCAUGGUAAUUAAAGAUCACACAAUCAGUGUAGCCAUCAGUAAUCCACCCCAGAGAAAACAGACUACCAAGGUCGAAACCAGCAGAUCUUCUGGCUCAUUGCUUCCUCGGCAGGUGUAUGGAGCGAGGGGCAAAGGUCGAACACAGCUUGCACUUGUACCUCGUGCAUUACAACGUUUGCCUAUACCUGCAGCGAAUACUGAAAAUGGUACUUUGAGGGAUCAGGAUGGCAAUUCCAAAGGUGAUUCCUCUGUAAUGGGAGAGACUAAAAAGAUGACGAAUGCAGAUUUUGCAAAGAUGCUGCUGAAAAAAUAACCUGAUGUUACAGCAAUCAUUGUUACACUGCUGGAUGUCUGGAAACGUGAACUGUCUUUACAGAAACUAUUUGCAUCUUUAGGCAUGACUAGAGAUUCUUAUGAACAGUACUGAAAUGUAAAUAAUCAAUUUUUUUAAGAGUUUGACAAGUGUUAAAUAUCCUUGAUGGAAGCUCCAUGUUGCUUUGCUUUGUCAACAUUUUUUUAAGCAGUUGCUCUAUUGUAUUUACAGAGAAUGGCUUUAAUGUUUGUUUUGUUUAUGAUAUUGUGUUUUAUAACUUAAUUGGUUAGUUUUAAACAAGUGCCCUGGAAGCUACUGUUUUGCAUUUUUGGUAAAAAUAUUUACAUUACAGCAGGAUCACAGGGACCAUUUCAUUGUUACUUUUGAUAUUGCUGUGAUUUUUAUAUAUGAAUUGUAAUGCAACAUUAGUUAAGGAUCAUGUUUUGGAUUCAUUGGUUAAAAAUCACAGAACAGUCAGGAUGUGUUAAAUUAAGGCUUCAGCUGCCCUCUAAGGGCAGGAGCAGGUUCCCUGAAAAUGUAAAUGUCAUUGAAUACACUGCACUUGAACCAAUUAAAAACUGUUUAAAACAA